AAGACCUUAAUUACUUACUUCAAUGCUUUCUUCGUUCUGUUUUCUUCUUCUAAUCUAAUCAGUUUCCUCUUAAAUAAACUAUCUAUCAUAAACUUAUUAGUAUAAUUAAGAUGCUGAAAUCUUUGACGAAAAUCUUAUCCCUUCAAUCAAACUACGGCAUAAAGCAAAGGCGUGAACAUGAUGAAAAUAUAGUCGCUUUGCCUGUGCAGUUGGCAAAUUGCAAUGUUUGCGUAGAGGAAAACAGACACUGCAAUUGUGAUCACACCAUUGCUGAGGAUAGAAAUAACACUACUACUGCAGAAGGCGUCAAUGUCGACGUGGAACAUGAUUCUAAUGCUGAUAGUUCUUUUGCUCAUGCUGUUAUCAACAUGGUGGGAAUGCUCAUAGGUUUGGGGCAACUAUCAACUCCAUAUGCUGUUGAAAAAGGAGGGUGGGCAUCUACCUUAUUGCUAGUAGGACUUGGGGUAAUCUGUGCUUAUACCUCUCAUAUACUUGGAAAAUGUCUUGAAAAGAAUCCAAAGUUAACAAGUUAUGUGGAUAUUGGGAAUCAAGCAUUUGGAUCAAAGGGAAGAUUCUUAGUUGCAACAUUCAUCUACAUGGAAAUCUUCAUGUCACUUGUUUCCUACACCAUCUCAUUACAUGACAACUUGAUCAUAGUAUUUUUGGGGACACAUCUGAAGCUGAAAUUGGCCAUAUUAUCAACAUCACAGCUCUUAACUUUGGUGGCAGUCUUGAUUGCUCUGCCUAGUUUGUGGAUCAGAGAUUUGUCUUCUAUAUCUUUUCUUUCAUCUCUUGGUAUUCUUAUGUCUCUUCUCAUUUUUGUGUGUGUAUCAGUCACUGCAAUUUUUGGAGGUUUUCAAGCUAAUAAUAAUCAUAGUAUACCUGUCUUCAAGUUACAUAAUAUUCCAUCAAUAUCUGGCCUUUAUGUCUUUGGUUAUGGAGGACAUGUUGUUUUCCCUGAUUUGUAUAAAUCCAUGAAAGACCCCUCCAAGUUCACCAAAGUUUCAAUUGUGAGCUUCACAAUAGUUACAGCACUUUACACCUCAAUGGGAUUUAUGGGUGCAAAAAUGUUUGGAAAUGAUGUGAAAUCUCAGAUAACUCUCAACAUGCCACCAAAUCAAAUUAUAACAAAGAUUGCUCUUUGGGCAACUGUGUUGACACCUAUGACCAAAUAUGCACUUGAAUUUUCACCUUUUUCAAUUCAGCUGGAACAAACACUUCCAAAUUCAAUGAGUGGGAGGACAAAAUUGGUAAUCAGAGGAUGUGUUGCUUCAUUUUUGCUAUUGACCAUACUAACCCUUGCUCUGUCGGUGCCAUAUUUUGAGUAUGUACUUAGCCUCACUGGUUCACUAGUUAGUGUAGCCAUUUGUUUGAUUUUUCCAUGUGUUUUCUAUAUGAAGAUUUUUUGGGGUAAAAUAACAAGGCCUCUCUUAGUCCUAAACAUUACUCUAGUCAUAUUUGGGGUUCUUCUUGGGGUGAUUGGCACCAUUUCCUCUACAGAGUUAAUAUUGAGAAAAAUUAUGUCACAUCAUUCAACUUGAGGCAUUUGUGAUGAAUCGGCAUAUAUACCAUCAUCCCAAUUCCCUUCCUCUUCAGAUAUAUCUUCCUAUAAAUCAUAGAAUAUUGGAUCUAUACAUAUAUAUAUAUAGUAGGUCCUACUAAAAUCUUGUAUUGCAAGAGUAGUCAGUAUCUGUAUGGCCAUGAUUCCAAGAAGAAAAACAAUUUUGGGUUCUCGAUGAUGUGUUAUAUAUCUUCUAUAUAUAGUUUUUUUUAAAAUAUUUUGUUGUAGUGAGAAUCAUUCUCAAACUCUGUAAAACUAUGGAUGGUGGUACUGUGUUAAUAUAAUAACUUUAACAUGAAAACAA